UCAGCGCGAUUUCUAAUACAUCAUCUCCAUCUUGGAAAUUACACGAGGUUUUUGCAGAAAAUAGCCUCGUAGAGGUGACAGGCGUCACCAGGAACAAAAAUAACUAUGCCGACAAACAAUCCUUUGCCCCCGAAAGAAAAUGCCCUUUUCAAACGAAUAUUGAAAUGCUAUGAACAAAAGCAGUACAGAAAUGGGCUGAAAUUUUCCAAGCAGAUAUUGACUAAUCCGAAGUUUGCUGAGCAUGGAGAAACUCUGUCAAUGAAGGGGCUUACACUGAACUGCCUUGGACGAAAGGAGGAAGCCUAUGAAUAUGUGCGCAGAGGCCUGCGUAAUGAUUUAAAGAGCCAUGUCUGUUGGCAUGUGUAUGGUCUUCUUCAAAGAUCAGAUCGGAAGUAUGAUGAGGCCAUCAAGUGUUACAGAAAUGCCCUUAAAUGGGAUAAGGACAAUCUCCAGAUUCUGAGGGAUUUGUCGUUGCUGCAAAUACAAAUGCGGGACCUAGAAGGCUAUAAGGAGACGCGAUAUCAGCUGUUGGUGCUGCGUCCCGGCCAGAGAGCUUCCUGGAUUGGUUAUGCCAUGUCCUUCCACCUGCUAAAAGAGUAUGACAUGGCACUGAAGAUCAUAGAGGCUUUCAGAAAUACUCAAACUCCAAAGCAGUUUGACUAUGAGCACAGCGAGUUGCUGCUCUACCAGAAUCUGGUCAUACGAGAGUCUGGAAAGCGUGAGGAUGCGUUGGCUCACCUUGCCAAGUAUGAGACACAGAUAGUCGACAAACAGGCGCUGUUGGAGACCAGAGGCGAGAUCCUUUUUGAGUUGGGUCGGACGGAGGAAUCUGUGACUGUAUACACAGAACUCGUCAACAGAAAUCCGGAGAACUGGGCCUUCUACCGUGGCCUGGAAAACUCCCUUAAACCAGAAAAUGAAGGGGUGCGGUACAAGAUCUACACAGAUGCACAGAGCAGAUUUCCGCGGGCAUCAACGCCAAAACGAAUCCCACUCUCAUUUGUCACAGGGGAUUUGUUUCGACAGUUGAUCGAUAAGUUCCUGAGAAACGGACUUCAUAAAGGAGUUCCUCCUUUGUUCAUCAACAUCAAGACUCUUUACAAAGACCCAGAAAGGGUUGCUGUUAUAGAGGAACUGUGUCUAGGAUAUGUAGAGAGCUUAAAAGAACAUGAACUAUUUAGCAAAUCCGAUGAGGAUUGCGAAUUGGAACCUCCAACGGCCUUGCUGUGGGUGUACUACUUUCUGUCCCAACACUAUGACUGGCUGGGUAACUCCCGACUGGCCUUCCAUUACAUUGACCUUGCCAUCCAACACACACCCCUCCUUAUAGAGCUCUACGUGCUCAAGGCCAAACUGUACAAGCAUGCAGGUGAUAAUGAGGAAGCAUAUCGGCUUAUGGAUGAGGCUCAAUCCCUGGACACUGCUGACCGCUAUAUCAACUCAAAAUGUGCCAAGUACAUGCUCCGGGCAAACCUUUUACAGGAGGCUGCAGACAUGUGCUCAAAGUUCACUAGAGAAGGUGUAUCAGCGGUUGACAACCUGAACGAGAUGCAGUGUAUGUGGUUCCAGACGGAGUGUGCCGCCGCCUACCAGUGCCUCGGCAAGUGGGGAGAGGCACUUAAGAAAUGCCAUGAAAUUGAUAGGCAUUUCACAGAAAUCAUUGAGGAUCAGUUUGACUUCCAUACAUACUGCAUGCGAAAGAUGACUUUACGGGCGUAUGUAGGGCUGCUGAGAUUGGAAGAUGUUCUCAGAAGACACAAAUUCUAUUUCAAGGCAGCUAAAAUUGCAAUAGAGAUAUACUUGCAUUUACAUGACUAUCCAAUGUCAGACAGUGAUAAAGACAAUAUGGUAGAUGCAGAACAAAUGACUCCGAGUGAGCUGAAGAAGUUGAGAAACAAGCAACGUAAGCAGCAGAAGAAGUUGGAGAAGGAAAAAGAGAAGGCGAAACAGGAGCAGGAGAAGAAAGAGCAUACCAGCAAGAAACAGGCUGAGACCGACCAGGAUGGGCCUAAGGAAGAGGAGCUCAUACCAGAUAAACUAGCUAGGCCAGAAAACCCAUUAGAUGAAGCCAUAAAAUUCCUAAAACCUUUACAACAACUAGCUUCAGACCGAAUAGAAACCCAUAUAUGUGCUUAUGAAAUUUAUUCUAGAAAAGAUAAGCUGUUGUUGAUGUUGCAAUCAUUAAAACGGGGAUGUGAAGUGGAUAGAGAAAAUCCUCAACUACAUGUGUUUCUACUCAGGUUUCUUAAACUAGUAUCAGAUCGGAAGGCGAGCGGUAGUCUAUCGGAGUCUGUGAUCACAGUGCUGGACCAGGAAUGUGGGAAACUAUGCCACACCCAGGACGUGGCCCAGCUCAACGAACAGUUUCUCACCAGGAACCAGAACUCAGUAUUACACAGGGCUGCUGCUGGGCGCAUGAUGUACGAGGUGAACAAAGAUCCAGCUACUCAAGCAAAGGCACUGCAGUUAGCAUCAGCAGUUAGUAAGAACCUCACUGGAGUCACACCAAAGAAUUGUCGGGAAGUGCUGGAGUACAUGUGUCGCGGGGAUUUUGGCAAGUGCGAGGCGGAGGCUCGGGCGUACCAGGAGCAGUGCCAUGAACUCUUCCCCCAUGUACCCUCCUUCCAGCUCACCCCAGCGGCCCCCAACCAGGUGGUCACCAACGGCAACCUUUCAUCAUAACACCUCACCAUCCCUGUACUGCCCCGCCCAUCUACAAUAAGAACAUUGCACGGUCUGGACAUGGAUAAUACUUGCUCAUUGGAUUUUCAUUCUGUGACUCUCAGUUUGUGACAAUGUGAUAUCCAGUGACUAAUUCUUGGCAACACAAAAUGUCUGAUUACAGCAAUGUACAUGCAAUACCUUGAGGAAAUCAGGAAGUAACACUUAGAGCUGAAUUAAUUUGAGUUUUUUUAGUGAUAAUCAUGUUUCAAAAAGAUUUUGCAUGUAGUUGUGUACAAAUGCUUCUAGUAACUAGUAAAUGUGCUCAAGAGAAGUAAUGUAGACCAACUAGAACACAGUACAAUUAGGUGCACCCUUUUAGUAAUAGAAAAACAUGUGACAAGAAAUUACAAACUACUUGCUUUUAAAGAAUUAUUUAUACAAUUACUGUGUUACUGUAAACGACAAACAUGUAUGCAGGAUUGUGGUGGCAUAUCUGGUCAGCUGGCUUUUUGUAUUGUUUAAGCUGGCUCUUACUGGUGCAUGAUUUAAUGUAUCUGUCAAGUUUCAUGUGGGCACCUACACUACAUUUUAAACUGAAGUCUUAAAAAAUACUCUUGGUCUUGUAUUCAAACUAUUACUUAGUGAGUAUUUUCCUUGCAGUUCAAAUGAUAGCAUUUUCCCAUCGCAUUUCUUAAAUAUGUGGAAUGAGCGAAUGAAAGGAACAUAAGAAAGACCUCCCUAAUAAAUACCGGUAAUAAAAAUCUUAAAAAUAAUUUAGUUAUAGUAUUUGGGUGCAGUAUAGAUGCUGAUGUUGGUAUCAUUGCUUGUGGGAAGGUUGAACUCUGAAAGUUUGGUUAAAAGAAAGAUGUGAUAUAAAAGGUGUUUGAUACUUUAAUACCUAUAUUAGGGCUCAUAAAUCAUUGAUAACUGUAGUUGACUGAAUCAAAAUUAAUAUCAAGAGUUUUGUAGAUUUUGCUGUUGAACAUAAUGUUCAUAAAGUAAAUGCUGAGAGAAUUUUGAAGGAGUUUUUGCAUGAAUGUUAUGGUUAGAAUGUGUUUUUGAUUGUUUUCUAUUUUAAGUAUGAUGGUUAGUUGAAUGAGCUGUUGAAGCAAAGAUUUUUAUACAAAUCUACCUACCCUUGAAGCUAUGCAUUGUGUUCAGUGUCAGCAGCUGAUCAUGUUCAUGUUUGUACACCAUUUCCCUACAUAAUCACCAUAUGAUGGGUUCCAUUAGUAGCUUGCAUCUUAAACUUUCAUUUACUCCUAAAUAAUGAUUAAUUAAUCGUUUGAAACUGCAGUUGAAUUAUUAUAUUCCAAUAAUCAAUAGGUCCCAUCUUUUGCUUCAUUCUAUUCCAUUUUAGAGAGCCGAUGUAGAUGCUUCUACAUAUUUUUUUGGCUUUCAUUAAUGUUUUUUUCUCUUGUAUUUGGAAUAUCCAAAACUUGUCAUAGUAAAAAAAGCAUAUGAACAAUAUUUAUAAAUAAACUAACCUGAUUUUGCAUGUUUUCGGUUUUAAAAUUAAUGAUUACAAAUAAAGCAUUGGUUUGUUUUCUCAUAGUCUCUUGUUAAUUUGCUCGUCUAUUUUCAAAAUAGUAUUUUAUAAUAGUAUUUUGUAUGGAAAAAAUCGAGGUAUUGUGAUAGCCUUCGUGUCCUUAAAAAUCACUAACCUCGGCCAUAACUCAUCAAAACCGAGACCUUGAAUGCACUGACAAUGACAAUGACUUCAAUUAUUGUCCAGUUAAGUCCCCUUUUUCAUAACAAAAAUAACACAACAGACUGGCAAUUGGCGUUAUAUACGCAGGUCUUGUUAACUUUACGCUUUAAGCUACAACUUCCCAAUUGUUUACACAACAUGAACUUGACAUUUCACCAGUAAUUGCUCCUUAAAUUUGUUUUUCAGCUGUUGAUUACAUUGUAAAUUAGAUUUACUAAAAUUCAACUUGACCUCCCUUUGAAAAUAAGUCCUUGUUUUUCUUACAAAGAUUUUUGUGAAUGCUCUUAUUUUGUAGAUAAAUGUAAUGCUUUUACAGAAAACCUAUUUAUUGUUUUGAUACAUAAAACAAAUAAAACGCAAAACAUC